ACAGCCAGUGACCAUUUGCAAGCCUCCUAGGUAUAUUACCAGCAGACACAUUAUCAGAUUAAAGGAAGUGCAAACAAACUGGGCUGAAACUUUCUUUGUCAAAACCCAGCCUCUUCUUCCUGUGAUGUCAUAUUACAAAUCUAGCAAGCCUUUCUUUUUCACUUCAGAGAAAGCGACCUCAAGAUACAGCUGGCAACUGAGGAAAAAGCCUCAAUUCGGCAAGCGCUAACAUGCUUGGAAAUUUAUUUUGGAACCUUUAAAAGACUCUUCUGCUUACCCACCAUCUGGAAUCCACUGCAGGAAAACAAAAAAGGAAAACUUCAUUUAAAAGAAGCAAGAAGUAAAAUGGGACAAAUUCGGAAUGUUUAAGUCUCUGAAACUCUGCACUGAAAAGAAAAUAAGAUUGAUAACUUAAACAUUCUGAGGCAUAAAGAAACAUUAACUUUGGAGUAUUCAUCUUGUCUACUGAAAUAGAAGUUUAGAAGACAAGUGGUUUCAUUCUGGUCACAGAUCACAGCUUUUCUUUAAAUUUAUAAUCCUAUGGGUUGGCCUCGUUGACUAUUUUUUAAAGGUUGCUCGUCAGUUAACUGAGCCUUGGAAUUCAUGGAUUUUCUAAAGACUAACAAAUGAAAAUAUUUUCCUGUUGAAGAACUCAGCGGAAAUUUUACAGCAACAAAUUUCAUGUUUCUUUUGGAUAUUUUUGAGAAGAAUGAAAUAUUUAUAAAACCAACCAAAGAUCCAGAUAAUUUACAAAUAAAUUGGAGGUUAUAAUAUGAAUACCAAAGGAGACUGCAGCUGAUGAAAGUGCUUCCAAACUGAAAAUUGGACGUGCCUUUACGAUGGUAAGCGUUAACAGCUCCCACUGCUUCUAUAAUGACUCCUUUAAGUACACUUUGUAUGGGUGCAUGUUCAGCACGGUGUUUGUGCUUGGGUUAAUAUCCAAUUGUGUUGCCAUAUACAUUUUCAUCUGCGUCCUCAAAGUCCGAAAUGAAACUACCACUUACAUGAUUAACUUGGCAAUGUCAGACUUGCUUUUUGUUUUUACUUUACCCUUCAGGAUUUUUUACUUCACAACACAAAAUUGGCCAUUUGGAGAUUUACUUUGUAAGAUUUCUGUGAUGCUGUUUUAUACCAACAUGUACGGAAGCAUUCUGUUCUUAACUUGUAUUAGUGUAGAUCGAUUUCUGGCAAUUGUCUACCCAUUUAAGUCAAAGACUCUAAGAACCAAAAGAAAUGCAAAGAUUGUUUGCAUUGGUGUGUGGUUAACUGUGAUCGGAGGAAGUGCACCGGCGGUUUUGGUUCAGUCUACCCACUCUCAGGCUAACAAUGCCUCAGAAGCCUGCUUUGAAAAUUUCCCAGAAGCCACAUGGAAAACAUAUCUCUCAAGGAUUGUAAUUUUCAUCGAAAUAGUGGGAUUUUUUAUUCCUCUAAUUUUAAAUGUAACUUGUUCUAGUAUGGUGCUAAAAACUUUAAAUAAACCUGUUACAUUAAGUAGAAGCAAAAUAAACAAAACUAAGGUUUUAAAAAUGAUUUUUGUACAUUUGAUCAUAUUCUGUUUCUGUUUUGUUCCUUACAAUAUCAAUCUUAUUUUAUAUUCUCUUGUGAGAACACAAACAUUUGUUAAUUGCUCAGUAGUGGCAGCAGUAAGGACAAUGUACCCAAUCACUCUCUGUAUUGCUGUUUCAAACUGUUGUUUUGACCCUGUGGUUUACUACUUUACAUCGGACACAAUUCAGAAUUCAAUAAAAAUGAAAAACUGGUCUACCAGGAGAAGUGACUUCAGAUUCUCUGAAGUUCAUGGUGCAGAGAAUUUUAUUCAGCAUAACCUACAGACCUUAAAACGUAAGAUAUUUGACAAUGAAUCUGCUGCCUGAAAUAAAACCAUUAGGACUCAUUGGGACAGAACUUUCAAGUUCCUUCAACUGUGAAAAGUGUCUUUUUGGACAAACUAUUUUUCCACCUCCAAAAGAAAUUAACACAUGGACAUUUUAAAGUCUUUAGUAUAAAGAAAAUUUGUAUUCAAUGUGCUAAGCAUUAACAUGUAUUUUAUUUGUGUAUACACUCCAUCUGAUUUUUCUGAGCCGUUUUGAUUUGUUCCUUCAUUAAAAAAAUCUCUUAAAGU